UUGUAGUGUUCCGUGUCGUUCCAUGUGUAAUGCAAGCAGCCAAUAUAUCAAAGAAGGGACGUCCAAAGUAUUUUGAAACGAACAGUGUAAUUGGCUGAAACUGUUGAUGGCAUUAUAUAUGAAGCAGUUAGAAUAUUCGUCUUAUAAAUUUUAUGUUUACAAUUCUUUGCCGUGAGUGUGUAUCCCUGUGUGUAUAGUAGUUGAUGGUUUUGUGUGUGUGUGUGUGUGUUUGUGUAGAACGUAAAACGUAGGAAUGAGUUUGAUCUCAAUUGUGAUUCUCAGCCUAUACUGGUAGUAAUGUUUGCAGUAUCAGGCACAAAGAUGGUACCAGUGUUGGUAGCGACUUGCCCAGAUGAUGGGUGCAAUGCUGUGCUCAUCUUCCCAUCAAAAGAUAAGAUUGUUGACUGUCAUGGCUGUGGGCAGCGCCAUAGGGCAUCAGAAGUUAAAGAUGUUAGACAGAUGCAGGAACAGGCACUUGGUGUUAAAAAUGUUCUGAGAAGCCUCCUCCUAGCAACAAAUGCAAACAUGAAGAAGAGUGCAGACUUGGUGAAAGUGAAUGGUUUAUCAAAUUACCAUUGCAAAUUGUUGUCACCCUUGCUUACCUAUCAUGGAAUGGACAAGAAUACCCAAAAAGCAAAACCAUUGUCUGAGCUGACAAACAAAGCAACAUUUGAUUGUAGUGUUCUGAGUGACCGCAGUUUCCUAAUUAGUGCUGAGCAUCUUGAUAUUCUUGGUUAUGGACGAGAUCAAUCAGGAAGUCUCAGCUACUUAGCAGAAACGCUUAGGCGUAUUGAAGAGGCCAAUGGAGAUAGGAAAGUACUGGUUCCAAUACAUGCUGAUGCUGAUGGACACUGCUUGGUACAUGCUGUGUCUCGAGCUCUUGUUGGUCGGCAACUCUUCUGGCAUCCACUGCGCACCCACUUGAAGAGGCAUAUUCGUGAGAAGAAAGAUACGUAUAAGGAACUGUUGCAAGACUUCAUUAAUGCAUCAGAAUGGGACCUGAUAAUUGAAGAGUGUGAUCCAGAUUACGUGCCAGAAGAGGCUAAGGGAGAAAUUCUAGGCCUCCGUAACAUUCAUGUUUUUGGGCUGGCUAAUAUUGUGAAGCGCCCCAUAAUCUUACUUGACUCCGCAGCUGGCAUGAAUUGUUCAGGAGAUUAUUCAGCUGUGUUUUUACCAGCUCUUGUUAACCCUGAGGAAUGCAAGGGUAAGACGAAAGAGCUCAACUUGCCGCUAUGUCUUGCAUGGAGCAGCUCUGCGAGGAACCACUUCAUCCCUUUGGUGGGAAUUGAAGGAGAGAAAUUGCCUGUGAUUCCACGCAGACUGUUACCAGAAGUGUGGGGUGUACCUCAGAACCUGUUGUCUGUAUAUAUGAACUUCGAUGAUCAAGAUUGUAUUGCUAUUGGUGGUAACAAGGUUCUGCAACAGAGCUACAUCAGAAAGUUGGUAAAGGCAAUGGACGAAUUGAUGCUGCAGAAGUUUGGUGUCCGUCCCUCAUUAGUUUGUGAUAUGUACCAGUACAACUACAAGAAACCAAGUGCUACUCCUAUCACACCACAGCUUGUAACAUCAAAUACCCAGAAGGCCAUACAGGAACGCCGUGUUUUCAAGUGCUUAAGUUGCUAUUCACUUUGUGUAGCACCUCUAUCUUCUGAAUGGCUGCGUCCUGGAAACAAUGGAUUGUUUUAUAACCUUGCCAUCAAACAGUACGGAACAUUGGAGGACAAGAAAGUAUAUACCUUCGCAAAUUAUGGUGUAUCCUGUUCAUAUGAUGCAAAGAAGGAUGUUCUGGUUCUGAAUAAACUCCCAGGUGUUGAAAAGUGCUCCUUCUGCCUGGACAUGAAGCUGCGAUUAGUUUAUGCUGAUGGCACCAUCGCAUACGAAAAUGGUGACCUGACCCCAACACGUGCCAUUUCAUCUCACUGUCAGUGUGGCUACAAGCACUGGUGGAAUGGAAAGGAGUAUGACAACCCUCCAGAUCUGAUCCCUGUAGUGAUGACAUGGAAGGGGCGUGAGGCUACUGAAAUCAUUGCAUGGUUCCAGUAUGAGUGUGACCCAAGCCUAAACAGCAAUGUGUUCCAGGUUGCAUCCUAUGUUGUACAAAAGCACUUUCCAGGUGAGUUUGGCAGUGAGAGGCUUGUUCAGAAAGUGGUCACACAGAUCCUAGAAUUGUCAAAGUGCUUGGAUGCAAUGCGAAAAAAGUCAGGAUCCAGUGCAUCCCACCUGCCUGCUUUAAAGAUCUAUCAUGAAGAUGAGUCAAACAUCCAUGUUCCCACUAGAACUGAUUCAAAGCAACAGGAGACUGGUAUUAAGCCAAAACUGACCAUUACUUCACAAGAGGAAAAUGAAUCUAAGAUUAUAUCUUGUUCUGAAGGUCCAAUAGCAGUUCAGCUCCAAGGGAACAAGGACCAGAGCAAGAAGAUGGCUGCUAUGACUCCUGUGGAAACUCAGCCCCCUAUGGAUACAUCUGCUGAUGAGACAAAACAGGGACUCCCUGUAGCAGAGAAAGAUAAAACCAAAGUUAUAAAUGAUGCCAGGAUGCAGAAAGCUCAGAUUGGCUUGAAAGAACAACAGUUGGAGUACAAACUGCGAAAAGAGCGAGAAUAUCAGAAUCAGCUGCACAGGCAGGCACGUCAGUUGGCAAAACAGACACGCCCCAUUCAGGACCCUGACAGCUUUCAUUCUACCAAUCCUGAGUUGGCUGGAAUGUGGAAUUGUGGGACAUAUUCUGUUCAUGCUAAAUCUAGAGGUCGUGGUAUAUUAUUUGAAGAGUACAAUGCGGUUGAAGAAGAUAUUGAUGAUUUCCAGUCUGAUGAUAGUUGUGGAGCCAGUUUUCAUUGUAGUGGAGCUUCUGCUUCACGAACAGGCGAUUACACAUACCCAGUUGAUCAGGCUGAGAAGUCCUCCACAAAGACUGUACGAGUUGGACCUGGUUACUCAGUGUUAGCAUCACCUAAGCCAUCAUGGUCAACUACUGCCACUUCUGAGUCACAAGUUACCUGGGCUGAAGUAAGUAAAAGUAGUGCCAAGAAAAUAGGUCCUUGGUUUCAAAGGAAUGAAGAAACCUCCAAUGUUCCUGAGAAUCAUAAAAUGCUAAGUAGGACGUCUCUCAUUGGAUUACCUGGUCAUACAGACAGUAGAAUGCAUACACCAGGUUCAGAACUGAAUAUAGCGUUGGAAGUGCCCUCCACUCCAGCUGAAAGAGGAAACAGUAAUUCAGCUGAAGGUGGUGGCAGUGGUGAUGGUGGUGGUGAUGGUAGAACAAAACUGGAUGUGAUCUACAACCCAGAAGAAGAGAAUUAUGAAACAGACCAUUCAAAAAUGAGUUGAAGAAGGGGGUGUUCGAGAGGUUUAUAUGCUAUUGUUCCUGUGUGAAUUUAAGAUUUUGUUGAAAAUACAGUUUUAUUUUGUAUGGUAACUGUUGCCACCUUACCUUUCAUUCCAAAAUAUCUUGAGGGUUAUAUGUCAUGGAGAAAUACAGGUCAUUUAAAACUUUGUAA